GAGCGCACAUUCUGGCAUAGGCUACCAGCAGCGCGCCCUUCACAUUGCUACACUAUAGCUCAAACUCCGCUCACUAAAGAACAUUAUAAACUUCACGUAGUGAAAUUCAGCUGAACGUCGCGUUCCUAAACACGAGGAACAAACGGAACAUCUGAUAGACCCUGAGCAGCAGUUUGAAUCAGGGUGAAGAGAGAGGAGAUCACAUCUACACUCUGCGGAUGAUUUGUUUGCGUUGUGCAUUUCUUUCCUCCAGAUGUGACGAGUGGAAUGAGCUGCUUUUACACAUUGGUGGUUUCACGGCAGCAUGGGAACUGCCGUGUCCAAGAAGAAGAAUUUAAGGAAUGAUGCCAUUUCUUCUGUUGCCGCAAAAGUUCGAGCAGCUCGAGCAUUUGGAGAGUACCUUUCUCACACGCACCCUGAGAACCGCAACGGAUCAGAUCAUUUGCUAUCUGACACCUUCAUUGGUCAAGACACAGACUCCCCAGACAUCAGCCGACUGAACAACAAUAACAGCCUCCAGCCAUACUCCCAACACACUCUUAUAGUCAAGCCCAGUCAAGAAGAGGUUCAGCCAGGCAGCCAGUCUGCGCCCCUUCCUACCAGUUCCAAGCGACGUCUCUCCAUAGAACGCAGCCUUUCUUCUGAGGACCAGCAUCAUCAAAGGCGUGGAGAGAGCUCUUUAAAGCCAGCACGCGUCUACACCAUUACUAGGGAGCGAGAUAUGCUUGGGAGCCAGGGAAGCAAGGAGAGCCUGGAGCUAGAAGUGCUGAAGAGGACCACAGACCCACCCAGAACCAACGCUCCCUCCAAUUUACGUGGCAGCCAUCAUCGAGAAAGCCACGAAUGUGGAAACAAUGGCCCUACCCACCAGCAUCACUACAGUCAUCCGCCUCUGACACAACCUUUGCAGAGCUCAGGGAGCGCCCAUAACAUCAGGGACUGGGGCUCGAGACGGAGCAGGUCAAGGGAGGAUUGCAUGCCGGAUUGUGUGGACUGCAUUCGGCCACACUGCCAGAGCCAGCGCUCUCUAGACCUUGAGACGUCACCUCAUGGUGGUGGCAAACAGCACAAGAAGCUGGAGAGGAUGUACAGUGAGGACCAUGUGUCCUCUGAGGAUCGAGAGGAUCACACGAACAGCUGGUUCCCUAAAGAGAACAUGUUCAGCUUCCAGACUGCAACCACCACCAUGCAAGCAAUAUCGGCUUUCCGUGGAAUUGCAGAGAGAAAGAGGAGGAAAAGAGAGCAAGAGGCCACCGCACUGAUGGAGAGAAACUUCCGGAAACAUCUGAGGAUGGUGGGCAGCAGGAGGGUGAAGGCCCAGACAUUUGCUGAUCGCAAAGCAAAGAGUUUCAGCAGGUCCUGGAGUGACCCCACACCCAUCAAGCCUGACUCUCUCCAUGACUCCAGAGACAGUGCAGACCUCCAGGCAUCGUCUGGCAAUCUGGAUGAAGAAGACUGUGAUGAUGUCGACUGGGAGGAAGAGAGAGAGUUGGAAAGAGCAGCCUGUGAGGGCGACGACUUCAUCCCACCCAAAAUCAUGCUCAUUUCAUCAAAAGUACCAAAGGCCGAGUACGUUCCCAACAUCAUCCGUCGGGACGACCCCUCCAUAAUCCCCAUUCUCUAUGAUCAUGAACAUGCCACCUUUGAUGAUAUACUAGAAGAGAUUGAAAAGAAACUCACUGCCUACAGAAAAGGCUGCAAAAUCUGGAACAUGCUCAUCUUUUGUCAGGGAGGUCCAGGUCAUCUCUACCUACUGAAGAACAAAGUGGCCACAUUUGCUAAAGUAGAGAAGGAGGAGGGCAUGAUACAGUUCUGGAAGAGACUCGGCAGAUUCAUGAGUUUAUUAAAUCCUGAGCCCAACCUCAUCCAUAUUAUGGGCUGCUAUGUGCUCGGCAAUGCUAACGGAGAAAAGCUUUUUCAAAACCUCAAGAAACUGAUGAAACCUCAUGUCAUUGAGUUUAAGUCUCCUCUGGAACUGUCAGCUCAGGGUAAGGAGAUGAUCGAGAUGUACUUCGAUUUCCGCCUCUACCGCUUGUGGAAGAGCCGCCAACACUCCAAACUUCUCGACUACGAUGACCUUCUGUGACAUUGUGCCAUUGGUUUAAGCAGCCCAAGAGGCAGGUAGCUUUCUUUAAGGCCCACGCGGCAACGUUCCCUCCAGAGAGAGAGAGCCUGGGCGGAAAAGCCCUGAGGUGGAAGGAGGAAGCUGAGGCUGAGGAUGAAUAUGGCUGACAUUGAGAAGACGUUCCAGUUCUCUGCCCUCAAAUGUAACGAGGGAAAGCAGCCAUUACUGUUAGGUGCUGUGUGUUCACCCCAUCCAUUUGAGCUUUCAGCCUGAAAGAGAAACAUUCGGUUGAUAUCGGCAGGUCUUAACUUUAAGCCUGUGAGAGGUCUAGGAAAUAAUGUUCAAUGUCUUUAAUAAUUGAAAAAGCUGUGUUAAGAAGGAGGAAAAAUAAGAACAGAUUUGUUUUUUAGCAUUUUUGAGUAGCUGUUUUUGUGGUUAACUAGCAGGGACAGUGAAACAAGGCCAUUUAACAGUGAAAAAGGCCUUGAGGUUAUUGUGUUAUUCACUAUCUACAAA